CCAAUUUAAAAAAUGGAUGUACUGGCGGUAGUGUAUGUCGACAAUGUCGACCAUUCGACAUUUCUACUGAUCGAAAAAGGUUGAGACGGAUGUUUUCUCAGCUUUUUAAAGUCGGUAAAGUCAUCUCGUGAUCUAUUUCUCUCAAAAAUUAGACGUAUUUUCCAUUUUUUCGUAAUUACGACGGCUACCACGUGAAAGAGUAAGAAAAUAAUAUACGAACAAUAUGAGACGAGCGGCGUUUAAUCUAACCGCUCUGACCAGUGUGGCCCUGGGAGGCUGGUACUUAGGCAAGUUCUCCGAACAGAGGCGAUAUUCGGAAGACAAUGAAACGUGUAGGUUGUCAGCGGCACGAAUCCAUAACAUGCCGGGUUUGCCUGUGUUCGGCACGGUUUCAGCGGCCACCCCGUUGACACCCGCCGAGAGCAAUUACAACAUGGGCUCCAAGGUGUCCUCGAAUGUCACGAGGGUGUCGCAGAUUAUGAAAUUUGGUUUUCCUGGAUUGGAUCAUGUCAGAUCAUACGAGGAUUUUGUACUCUCCUAUGACAGGCGAAACAGAGUUGCUCACUGGGUGUUUGAACACUUGACCAAGGACAGAUUGCAGUACAGUGAAGUGGACCGCUCAAAAUGCGAAUUUAAGUCCGAUCAGAGCAUACAUCCUUUCUUCAGGUCAGAGAAUAUAGAUUACAAGGGAAGCGGCUAUGAUCGUGGUCACUUAGCGGCGGCUGGGAAUCACAAAGUGGAACAGAAACACAUGGAGCAAACUUUUUUUCUCACUAAUAUGGCACCACAAGUUGGAAAGGGUUUCAACAGAGAUUCCUGGAACCGACUGGAGAAAUAUGUUCGAAAAUUGACAAAUAUUUAUAAGGACGUUUAUGUAUGCACGGGACCGUUAUAUCUUCCUAAGAGAGAGUCGGAUGGAAAGAAAUACGUGCGUUAUGAAGUGAUAGGCGCGAAUAAUGUUGCAGUACCUACACAUUUUUACAAAGUGAUCGUUGGCGAAACCAACGAUGGCAAGCUUGAAAUGGAAGCUUUUGUGAUGCCGAACACGCCGAUCGAUGAUAAUGCGCCGCUCACUAAUUUCCAGGUACCACCCGAAAGCAUUGAACGCGCUGCCGGGCUUCUAUUCUUCGACAAAAUUUCGCGUAAUAAAUUAAGCAAAGUGAAUGGCAAGAAUGCAAGCUAGAUGUGAUUGUUCUAUUUUACUUCAUUCUUUUUUCCUAACAAUUAGAAAUUCUCAAUUUUAAGUUAUUUGGAUUGUAAAGAGUUUUAAUUUCUGACCAUUUCAUCGAAUGUAUAUUUAAAAAUCUAAUCUGUUAUAUUUUAGAUCAUCGUAUAGAAUUUUUAGAAAUUUUAUCAAUCACGAUGUUUUAUAUUAUUUAUACAUAUUCUGUAUAUAUAUAUUAUUUUAGUUGUUCAUUUUGUCGAAUAAAGAUACAGAUAUUUGUUGAUACGUUAA